AUGUCCCUCUUCACCAUCCCCCACCUCCAACAACGAGAAGUCACCCUCUCAGACCUAGACCAAACACCGCUCAACUGGCUCCUCCUCGUCAUAGCAGUCGUCAUCGUCCUCUGCGUCCUCUUCUUCCUCUUCUACUGGAACCGUCUUCUAGCACGCUUUGUCUCUCUCCUCCUUCGAUGGAGGUACUGGAAGUCAGCCAACACGUGGAUCGAGUGCGAGAGCGUACAGGUGUCCCUCUUGUCAGGCAGGCUAUUCCUAAAGGACGUACGGUACUACUCGCGCAACCAGGCGAUCAGGGUGCUUAAGUGCCACGUGACUUGGAGAUACUGGAUCUGGCGAACGAGGGAUGAAGUGGACGACGUCCUCCACGGAGAGGGUGAGAAGGGGGACGACGCUGCACCCGUCUCUGGGGGGAGGAACCUCCCGUGCAGGAUAUUCGUCUACAUGGAAGGCGUCGAGUGGUUCCUCUACAACCGGACACCAGCGUUUGACGCUAUUGUUGAGCGGCUCGCUGAGGCUGCUAGAAGGGAACAGGAACAGGUUCGGUUAGGCGGGGAGUAUCCCCUUUCCCCCAUCCAGACAGGGGAUAAAGAGCGCUCAUCCCUCUCCGUCCCCCCGGCAGCAGCGACACACUCGACGUCGAUCCUCCUCCACGCGCCUACAGUCAUCCAAGGCGCCUUUGAUAGGAGCACGAUGUUCCUCCGUUUCCUCCUUCGCUUGAUCCCAAAGCUCGUCCCCGCUCUCGGGCUACGCGACAUCCUCCCGAUCGACAUCCGCGUUCUUACAGGCGCCAUCACGGUCGGGAACGAUGCAACUCCGUACCUCCUCGUAGGGAGCUUCAAGAGCGGGCGAGGGAUGUGGGGCGUCGGUCCGGCCAGGAGUAGGCUCGACGUUCAUCGGCAAGUGGUGGACGCGACCCUGACAGGCGUCAAGUUGGUGAGCAGGACGAACCCGGACUGGAGUGGGGAGAUCGGCCAGGAGGGACUGAUCGCGUACAGUGACGCGUUGAAGGACCCGACGAUUGGUGCAGGUCCGCUGCAUACUCCUUCAUCCCUCCUCCCCCCAGCUUUUCAGCAUAUAUUCGCCCCUCUGCUCAAGAGGAAGCGGAAGUCCCCUUCUCCGCCUUCGCAGGCUACAGCACCUAUCCAAGUCUGGAAAGGCCUUGACCGUUUCCGAACGGAAGAAGAGCGCACAAGGGGAGAGAUGCGACAUGAGCAAGAGUAUGCCAAGGUGCCUGGGAUCCUCGAAGCCCGAGAACUGGGUAUAGGGUGGUACGCGGACGUUCCCGGGCCUGUGCCCGACACUGGGCUCCAGCGCUCCGGUUCACGCAGGAUGAGGGAUACCGGGCCUUCACCGGCUUACGAUCGGGACAUGGACGAGAUCGGGAACGGCGACUUGCCCCCUGAGUGGGGUGUCGAUAUCUCCCUCAGGGACGCGACGGUUACCUAUGGUCCGUGGAUGGACCGCCAGCGGUCUUUCCUCCAGAGCGUGUUUAUUCCCCCUUUCUGGGCAGAUAAUCGGCCUACUCACAGGCUCAGGCCAGGGGAUACCAGACUCGCUACUGCUAUGCGCGUGUUCGUACAGCUGGAAGGGACGACGACGUUGCGUCUUCCGACGAGAGAGACGUCCAAGGACUGGAAAUACGACAAAGUUGGUCUCGCCCCUGCCGAGGCGGACGCGGAUGAGCGUGCCUACGGGUGGAUAAAUAUCACUUCCCACGGUCUUGGCUCGGUGUCGUACAUCCUCCCCGCUGUCGUCGGUCCCCAGGGGUACGACACGACUGUUGAAGUCGAUCUGUCCGACGUAGGGAUCACGAGCAGUGUGAACUAUGCCAACUUCUGGCAGUCUCAGCGUGUCCGCGUCGGGCUGACAAUACCUUCUCCCCUAGCGUGGAAGGCCCUUCGCACAUGGAUGAUCGAGGUCGAUUUCUCCCAUCCGAAGAUCUUUUUCCUCCGGGAUCAUGCGUUCCUCAUCCAGGACCUGAUCAGGGACUGGAACUCUACCCCUGCUAGCGAGUACGCAGUCUUCGUCCCGACGCGGUAUGAGCUCUCCCUCCGCCUACGCGAGUACACCCUCAACCUGUACGCGAACGACUUUAACGUCGUCUCCAAGCCCCUGUCGGCGGAAGACAACGUCUUCGUCUCCGCCUCCGGCCCUCUGCUAGAGCUCAGCCUCUCGAUCGACAGCACCCGCUGGCGACCACAGUGCUCCGAAGUGCCCUUCACGAUCGAUAUCCCCGACGUGAGCUUCCACAUGUCCUUCCCGCUCUGGAAUACCCACGGGGCGUUCGCCACCCCCUGCACAACGCACUUCGGCACCAGCCCGGCACUCGCUAUCUCCGGCUCGUACUGUUGGUUCGCGAGCACGAACCGGGAGUUUGUAGACCGCCUCAGGCUGGACGUACGUGCUGAACGUACUGUGUUCAAGUGUUUCGGUUGGGUGAUCAGGCAUUGUAUGAUCUUGAGGGACAACUACUUUGGCCAGUUUACGAACUUUACAACCCUGGAAGAGUAUCAGCAGAAGAGGGUACAAGGCCGUGUCGGCGAUCCGGUAGAAGCAAAGUACCGGCCGGGGAAAUCGAAUCCCCUCGACGUAGAAGUGAGCAUAAGCGUGCAAGACGGACUCGUCCUCCUCCCACAGGAAGUGCACGAGUUUACCGCUGCGGUCGCCCUGGAUAUCCCAGAGUUUGAGGUGUCGAUCGAUGUGCAUGAAACGCAUAUGGGCCUGCAGAUAUGUGUACCGCCUGUCCGGCUCUUGCCGGUUGACAACCCGGAGGAAUGGCUCACCGACCGACCGCAGAUUAACAAGUCGGAAUGUAUGGUUUUAGAGGGGCUGAAUAUCGCUUGCAACCGUCUUUUUGGACCGCAACCACGGACGGCUACUUACCUCUGUCUCUGGGAGAUGUCAAUCGGCGCUUUGAGGGGCUGUGUGCCUCUUUCCUUUGCUUCGUGUUUGAACGCGUCGAUGCAGGCGAUAUCGUAUACGUUUUCGGAUGUGGCUAACUCGCCUGAUCCGAGUUUGGACGUGGCUGUCAGCUCUGACGUGACAUUCCUCAAGCUUGUCAUGGCCCCUGUAGAGCUGUUAUUCCAAUGCGGCAAGAGCGCGCUCCAAGUGCGCACGUUGGACAAGCUGAUGCUAGACUAUACCGACCUCCCACGGCCAACCUACUCCCGUACGGUCAGCCUCAUGGCCUCCUUCUCUGCGCGCGCGUUGAUCCCCUCCGACCUCCUUCCGGAUAUCUGGUACGAGACAGCCACGAUCACCGCUGGCAUGCGUGGGGAGUUUUACUUCGCCCCUGAGGGCUGGAAGGAGAAGGCCGAGGCGCAGACACGAUUUGUCGCUCAGCAGGAUGCGAUGACCCAUCGGGCGUUGUUUGUCUAUGCGCCGAGCCAGGAGGGCCGAGCCUUCAGCUCUUGGCGGCAGCAUGGCAUGUACUUCUUGACCUAUCCUAGAUCUUUGGACGAAGCGGGCGGAGCAUGGACAAACGCUCGCGCGUCAUAUGCUUACGCGUUCGCGUCUUCCGAGGACUCGCUCCAUGGUUCCGCAGAGUUCCACAGUAUGGGUGGCCGGACACCCGGGCGUGCUCAUAUCGGGCUACCGACGCCUACUGCUACGUACUUCGACGCGGAGGACGUAUUAGAACGGGAUGAGACAAGCACAGACGAAUCUGAUGACGAAGAGAGCGAUACUCGUUCUGGCGCUACGAGCGACCAUACUGGCUCUCGUGCCAGCCAUCGUCGACGCGAGAACUGGCCGCUUGGUGAAAGCGGAUUGCAUUCUAUUCUCAAGCCCUUCCGGCUAGAACGGAAUCCCAACAGCUACAUCAGCACUCUCACGCCAGUCGAGCACUGGGGCAGAUUUCCGCCCUUGCUUCCGCGUAGUCAUUGGUCGAAAGAACAGCUGUUGCAAUCUCAGGCGGGCUUUGACCACGAACUCGCUAAUACGACGAUGUGUCUCGACUUCCAGGACCCUGUUGAUAUUCUCAUAACACCCCAUGUCACCCAGUUUAUUGAAGAUCUGUAUUCCACGGCGAAUAUUGCUGUAUGCAGUUCAGACCGAGAGAUGGAUGUCCUUAUGCUCGAUCAACUGAGCAUGUCCCAGUCAACAGGAGUCAAGAAAGCGUCAUCAACCGCCCUAAGCAUACAGGUCCAUUCCGUCGCUUUACGCACUCUGCAGCUUGGCUUGGUUCCAAACGAAAGGGACCACCACCAUCACAGUCGAGAGCGUCGAAAACGGCAGGACUACUAUGGUACCAUGCACCACGUUCUCACAAUCUGUGAUGUUAGCUUAGGGGACUCGGCAUUCCUUCUUGCUUUCAGUCUGGAUUCUGCGGCCAUACAAUGCAACACUCGCUUCGGAUUCCCCCGCAUGUGUCUCUGGCGAAGUACCGGAAAUGACUGGGCCAAGUCGGCUGCGGACCCCGCCUCGAUGCUCUCCCGCUUAUCAUUUCCUGUUGAAUUCUCGCAAGUAUUGGAGCUCAGCACAGAAGGCAUACAAAUACUCGGUGGUACAAAUUCGACGGGAUUGACUGCCAAUCUUGGACUUUUGCCUUGUUACAUGAAUUUCUUAGAUAUUGGAGCAGAGACGGCCAUCGCCACUGCGACAGAACUCAAUAAUGCCCUUCGUCGCGCAGUCUCCAUUCGCGACCAUGCCUUGUUACGAACUCAAUCUCGUGCACGAUUCCUCCUGUGGACUGUCCUUCAAUUUGCAGAAGACCGAACUAUUACGACCGAUCCGCCAUUCUUGAACCUGACGACUUUCCUUGUCCAACAUGGUCGACCAGGACAGCGACGUUCAGAUAACGGGUGGAGAAUCCUCGCUCAUAUUCGACAUUGUUUGCGACUCAUGCCAGCCACUUUGCGAGACCACCUGAACAGGAGCAUCAACUCCGAGAUUACGUUAUCGGAUUCUCAAACAGAAGUGGCCAUGCACCGUGAAGUUCUCAGCUCUUUGAAGAAGUGGCGAACGUGGGAGAUUGACCUCGGUAGCCCUUCUGUACAAACACUGCUUCGGGCUUUGUUCCCUGCUGUUGUUCAGUUGCCGGAGCCCACAAAAGACGGCCGCCUCGUGGACCUGAUGCUGGGUUAUAAUGUUCUACACAUAACUGGUCAAGAAGUUCGCGUAUCUCUAGUCGAUGCUGGGUUGCCUGAGGAUACGCUUGUCUUCCUCGGUCCACUGUCGAGCACCGUUAUGACACGAAUCGAAGAGUAUAAUACACCCGAGGCAAAGACAUCUCAGGAGAAUACUGAACCCAUCGCUGAUCCCACCCAGCAAGCUCUUCACCUCUGUUUCGAUGCUAACAUGGAGGGAAUCGACGUGCAUUUGUCGCCAGAUUUGAUGACUAUCUUCCAGCGCAUGCUUCGACUCCGCCGCAUGUUCCCUCGCAAAGCGCUAACAUCACCAGCCAGCGUAAACCCGCCGCCGUCUUCACAGUUCCGCUUGUCUGACGACCUGCGACUUAUCAUCGUUGAUCUGACAACAUCCAUCAAACUUGUAAACAUGCAUGCCGCUGCCCAGAGAAUCACGUUUGAUUUCAUUGUACGACGACUUAUCUCGGCAUCAACGCUCCGCCUAGAAGGUGAACGCAUCAAUUCUAAUGAUGCUGCGAUCAGCAGCACUAUCGCAAGCGAAGACAUCGUGUUCAGAGCACGAUCUCCUCAAGGGCCACCCAAGGCCUCUAGCAAUCACAGAUCCAUGGCUUGGUUGAGCCUGGCUAAGCCCUCCAUUAAUGCCGGCUUCACUUCAGCAAACGAAGGAGACUCGCCAAGUUGCCGCAUUGCCCUUGCGUUCCGACGUAUUGGCCUCAGUGUUCCACAUAGUGCGCUGCGUUUAUACAAAUUUGUGGAGGAGUGGCGAGCAGAAUAUAUCCCAACGUACCAUUCUAUGAUUCGCGGCAUCCUUGCCGAGCUAGAGACCGAAGAAGAUUCAGACAUAGCCACACAGGACGCGAAGCCUUGGAUGGAUAUUGCUCGCUUGAAUUUGUAUUUCCAAGCCGCCAUUAACACAAUCGCCAUCAACCUUCGAGUCCUGCCAUCGACCUGGUUUUCAUGGGAAUAUCAUGACAUCUUCCUUCACACCCGGACUGUUAAAGGCCUGGAGCCUGCGUUCGGUCUAUCUGGAGGACUGGACUAUGGAGUCCACCUGGAGUCACAGACGAUACGCCUUGUUCAGGCGAACGCAUCGCUCAACGAGGGAUUGCCGACAUCGGCGCCCUUGAUCACUCUGGAGUUACCUGCUUUCGACUUCAGCGGGAGCUACUCUCGAUCCAUUGUGCAGUCUUUGGCAGUUGUUGGAUACUUCUCCAUCAAGCUCAAUGCCCAAAUCAUGGACGACGUCUUGGUCAUCCCCAGCAAGUUCGGCAAGGACGUUAACGACAUUCUAGAUGUCAUCUCAGAAUCCCGGAAAAAACGGGCCAGGAGGGAGCGAUCGCCGACUUCGCCGACUCGAAGAGAAUCUUUCACCAAAGAAGCUUUCCUUUACUCUGUGCGGCUCCUCAUGGAAGGUUUUGAGGUGGGAAUUGAAGGACCGUCUUCGACUCAAUACAUUGAGACCACAAAGCUAGAGGGCCAUAUCACGAACCGUACGUUGCGUGGCUUGAGCUGGAAUGUAUCGAUCACGGACUUGACACUUUCUCUUGCUCACACUACCUUGACAACAACCUCUCAAGGCGGUAUAAAAGGACGAUAUCGCUCUGCAUACAUGACUAUCAACGUGGAGGCGUCCAAUACUCCCCCGAAAGGUGCUUUCGGGAAAAGCGAACCGGGAACGGACUCCAUAGCUGUUGUGGUACAAAAAAUUCACGCGGUUAUGCAGGCUGCUGCGAUCGGAGAGCUUGGCGACCUAUUGGAUUACUACCAAGGAGAAAUGCUGAUACGCAGCGAACAGCGAGCCGAAGAGAUCACGGCGAUCAAAGCGCAGACUCAGCGUGUUUUGCAAACGUUCGAAUCUCAGGAUCGUGGGCAGACGAUCCAAGCUGCACGAACUUGGUUUGGUACUCGUUUUCUUUAUGUCGCGGUCUCCCGUAUCGGGGUAUCCUUCCCUUUGACCUUGGACGAGAUUGGUGUGCCCAGUGUGAACAGCGAGGGCCCAUUGCCAGUCUCUCCAGCAUUCUUGUUCAGCAUCAUGGCUGUAACAUUCAUGUCAGAGCCGAAUAACACCGGAUCGGCUGGCUUAAGAGACAUGUCCUUCCAGUUUGUUUCCAGGUUUGAUCAAAGUGAUGACAAGAGCUUUGAAGCUGGUACCCACAUGACUCGUAACAGCCUUCGCUUCCCAGAUAUGAAAGUCGACAUUCGAGCUCUGAUAUCGACCAGAGCUAGACGGAUACGCUUGCUUGCUUCAAUGACUGGUUUUGACCUGGAUCUGGAUCCGACCAUUGCUCCAUACGUCUUUUCGUUGAUCGAUGUGUACCAACAAGGCAAAGAACGGCUUCAGCGUCUUGCACAACCCAAUCGCCCUCCCCAGUCUCCUUUGCUAUCGAAAACCGAUCCUGUGCUACUACGACCCAAGGGUCCGGCACCCAAUGGUCCGGCGCCAGCAGCAGACGUGAAGGCUUCCUUCGAAUUCAAGACCGCACGCGUUAGAUUGUUCCCGCCGUCUAUUGAAGGUGCGACUCAAACGACGAGAGCUAAACAAAUAGCGGUCAUUCGGCGCACUGGGCUUGGCAUCAAUGGUUUACCCAGCUUCCCUUCCGAAACUUUAGAAGCUGAGACGUUCAUCCUCCCCGGGCUGACAGCGUGGUGCGAAUAUGCUGGCGCCGUGGUGCAGUUGCGAGAAAAUUCUACUGAAGUGCAACCUGCACUUCUGUUGCUCAACGCGGUUGUUCACCCCAGCCGAAACACGUUAAAGCCGAGCCUCCUCCCGUUCAUAACCGAACUUGCACACAACAUCGAGAACCGGCUGCAACGUGCUCCCGUGCCUACAAGUAGUCCCUCACCAAUCACACCUUUAUCCCUUGUUUCUAAGGACACCCCGCCAAUGGUGGCGGAGACGCUGGCUAUCAGCACUGUUGCGUCCAUGCAGAUUAAUCUUAGCUUGCGCAUUGAUCAGUCUACUUUGGAAAUGACUUGCCAGCCGCACGUUAACGUGGCUGCGUCUGUCACCUGGGAGAGCGGCGGAUUCCUGAUCACCAUUUCGCCUGGAGCCAAAGAGUACAGUUUUUCGGCCAGCAUCGCGGGAAUUAGCUGUAGAUUACGUCAUGGAUACCUCAGCGAAAACUGCCUGGAAAUUUCUGCUCAAGAUCUCGCUGCAAGCGCCACAUUCAAGCCAAUCCUCACCGCCGACGGAAUCAAUGCAAAUGUCGUAUCUGUAGUCGUCAAUACUCAGGCUGCUGGUAGUGUUCGAUUUGCUCGCCUCCAAGAUCUACUUUGUUUCAAGGCCGUCUGGCUUGACAGUAUCCCCAUCAUCGAAGCGUCUCGGGGAUCCGAGCGCCAAGGCUCGGACGAGCAAAAUGCCGUCGUUGCACCUCACUCUCCACCCCUGAUAAUGUGUUUGCUCAUGCAAAUACGGGGAUUACAGCUAGAAGCAGAUCUUGGACAAUCCAUCACGAGGCUUAAUCUUGGAGUGGAUACCAUCACGUUCCGCAGCAAACUGGCUGCAGAUACGUCCGAGCUUUCCCUUCAAGUCGGCACUAUGGUUCUCAAAGCUGAUCGGACAUUAUCUGGGUAUGCAAAUAUCCAAGGAGUGUCCUUUGACACUGUUUUCCGACAAAAGGCUUUUGCCGCAAAUCACAGGGAAUUGAGAAUGCUAGACUUGCGGAUCCGAUUGGAGGAGAUGGAAAUAGGUCUUUCCACAGACUCAAAGAAAAUCCUCCAAUUCCACUCUAGCCCCAUUGACGUUCAAGUGUAUGACGACUGGUCGCUCAUGCUAGAGAAUCCGGCACUAUUCUCUUCCAACCAGGAAGUGAAACUGAACUUCUCAGUGAGGGCGGAAACAUUCGAAGCCGUCGGUACAGUCCUAACUCUGCCACGGUUGAUCGCGCUCUUCAACCGCUUGCAGGCGUUGCUUGCCACGCAGCGCGAGGGAGCAGCCAGAGAAUCGGAAGCCUUCCGGGCCCUUCGCUCUUCCCGUGUUGAUAAUCCCUUGUCCGAUGUCGCGACAGCUAUGCUCGCCUCCGCAAGACCGAAAUUCAAGGAAGAUACCUGUUCCCGUGCUGUUAUGAUUUUGCAGAAUAUGCAGCUGGAGGCAGGAAGAAUUCGUCUGGCAGUAUUCCCCCGGAGCACGUCCGACCAAGAUAUGGUCCGCUUUGAGGCAAAGACCGUCUCAGCCGAACUCAGCCGCAAUGCAUUGGAAGACGGAAGAUACCAUCGAAAGCUUAACAUGCAUCUCAGCUCGUUCGCCAUACAACGGUUACAACCCAGAUCACUUACCACGGAAGAGUUUACUGCCAUUACUGCCAUUCGAUGGUUUGCUCUCCUCAAAUCGGCAUCCGAAGCAACGAUCUUUAAUGGCCCUCCUACACGCGUAUACAUGGAGUCUUGGGAAGAUCCAAAGGACAUGCGUUUGGAUUACGAGUAUGACAUGACUUACAGCUCCUUGUUUGAUAAGUCUGCAGAAGGCACCGUCUUCCUUGCGCUCAACUACGCUCUAUUCAAGUGGCUUGACAACCUCGCCCAGAGCUUCCAGGAAGAGAUGGAUAAAGUGUUGCUCAAGGGUAGCGGUGAAGUUACCGAUCUUCCUAUCAGCCCUGCCUCUACGUUCCGGAUUGAUGAAACUGCGCCAGUAACACCAGUGGUUCUUGGGGUUGCUUCUUCGCCCAUUGCUCAGUCCCGGACACCCACACCACCGGGCUCCGCUCCCAUGCCCUCGACAGCUGACUUGACUGGGCCGUCUACGAAGCCUCGCAGGAUGACCUAUCAUAAAAUCACACCGGGCAAUAUCGAGCUGCCACAGCUCACCCAACUUGGCGACUUUACCCCACGAUCGAACCAACUGACUCUGGUUGGAUUACGUUUGGAUGCGAUACCCAAGUGGGUACACGAAGGAGCUACACUCUCCUUGGAAGUUAUGAUGAAGGCUUUGCUGCAGCUGUAUAGCCAGCAACUCCGACGAAUACGCUCAGAAAAUCCACUGUCACCGCCGCAAUCUCAUGACCAUAGCAAUUGAUACCCCAUCACUGUACUUAUCCAUGCUUCUUCUUC